AUGUCGCUCCGAAGACUCGCGACGAAGGCCCUGACGGGAGCCGCGACGUUCCAGCGCGCGGUUUCCCAUGGCCCUAACGGUUUAUUCGCCCGGAGCGCGACGGGCGCGGAGGCGGCGUCGCGCAUGCUCGCUCGUCAGGCGCCCGGCGGAAGACGCUUCGCCAGCGCCUCGACAAAUCCCGACCCCGCCAAGGCUUGGUCGAUGUACUACACGCACGAGAACGCAUACCUGAACUGGGUCCGCAACGGCGCCACGUUCACCGCGGUGGGUAUGGCGUUCACCAUCUUCAAGGGUCAGACCGAGCACGCUCCGGUGUCUUUGGGGGGAUGCGUGGUACAGUCCAUGGGGGCGUGUUACAUGGUUUUGGGGGCAACACAGUACGUGACCUCCAGCGUGGCUCUAAGGAAUCUGAUGGGCAUAUCCCCGGUGGGGUGGGCGUGGAUAUCUCUCAACGCAUCGUGGCCCACAGCCCUUUACCUUAUCGGUCUCUCGUGCUUUCACGGCCUGCACCCGCGAUGGUUGCUGGGCCUCAUCGCCGAUAACUCAGCAGUGCUGCCGGCAAGACUCCAGGAGCGGAUCUUCCAGCUCGUUGCAGAGGCGAGGCACAAGGAGUUCGAAGAGAAGUCCAAGCGACGUCGAACGGGGACGAGGACGGGGUUCUGA